GGAUGUUUAUUCCAUGAAUUGAUUUAUGUGAGGGUUCACAGGUGAUGGUGCCGUUCCAAGCGCUGCAAGCGUAUGGAAUCGCCAUGGAUGCCGUUUGCCCCGGAAAGAAAGCCGGCGAGAUUUGCCGCACCGCCGUUCAUCAUGGUACCGGCCAUCAGACAUAUUCGGAAUCAAGAGGUCAUAACUUCACGCUUAAUGCAACAUUCGAUGAGAUCUAUGUGAGCAAAUAUGAUGGGUUGGUAAUAAAUACCAGGAGGCCGGGCGCCAGAGUAUCUUGCGAUAAAUUAAAUGAAUUGGUUUUGGGUGUUUCAUUGAAGUUUUCUGACACUGGAAAAGCAAUUGCAUCUAUUUGCCACGGAUAGCUGAACUUGGCACC